CCUGUCUGUCCGAUGGUGCAUAUAAAAGAUCCCUUGCUGCUAAUAGAAAAUAGUAGACCCUGGCGUGGCAGCAGAAUGUCCGACGCAAUAUAUCCAUAAUUAUUGACAUGUGUUGAGUGCGUCGUUAAAUAAAACAUUCCUUCUUCCUCUUUCUCACUAUAACAUAUAUAACCUCGAUAAGCGUGCCCAUGCCAGCUUGAUUUAUUCUUAUAGAUGAUAUAAAUAGAAAAUACUACAUGAGUGGUCGUUAAAUACCAUUUAACGAGUUGUUUUAAAACGUAUCUAACGCACGUAUAUGUGUUAACAAGUAUGUCUUACAAAAAAUGACGAAUGAUGUUCUCACCAACGGGUGUAUAAGAAGUGUAAAUAUUGUUAUCCCGUGGCAUACAAAAUCUACUGUAAAGGUGUCAAAAAUGUGUCAAGCGGCGGCAUUAUAUUGGUCUUCAUACAGCAUUCUUCAGUUGGUCAAAAGGUUGACAUUCUUCUGACCGGCGUAAAUAGUUCAAACUAUAUACAUAAAACACACUCGUUAUGCAAUAAAACUAUGCGCCGUGAGCUUAACCCUUCAUAUUAGUAAUGGUCCUUUUAACCCCCGGGCUUUAUUACGUUAAAUAUUCAAAAACUGGUCUAUUAUGUUCACCAACAAACGACGUCUAGCAAGUGUCGCAUACUCUACAACGAUAGUGUGCAUGGAUUAAAUUUUGCCGAAGGGAUCCUUAAUCUGUCUAAAUUGGUUUUAGCCCCGGGUUAUUAUGACACCGUCAGCUCAAGUCCUCUCUUAUAUCUGUACGUUCCGUUUAUCGGUAAAAUCUUGCUUCUCUCGUCAUUUUGUGACACUACCAGUCUACAACUGAUUACUGCAUACCAGUCUAUUCUGUCGUAGUGACACAGGUUUGUGGGAUUGUGCGUUUUUGUUUUUCUGUGAUUUUGGGAUGUAACAAGUGAUUUUAGGCAUUAUUUCAGAGUUGGAUAUUACAAAUAAAGAGUGAAAGUAUGACGUCGUUCGGGCCAUUCAUUAGAAUUAAUAUCAACACUAAACCAUUAUACCAAAUUUGAUAUGAUAGCUUUUGAACACUGCUUGUGAACACAAUAACCAAUAUUUUUAAAUAGUUAUUAUAAAACCAAAGAAGACGAAGGAGAAAUAAUGAUAAUGGCCCAGUUCUAAUCACUUUGCGACCUCCACUUUGUCAAAUAGAUGUAAACGUUACAAUGGCGUGGAAAGCGGGAAUUGGAUUAUUAACAGUGACAACAAUAUUAUGUUUUGUUCAUCUAACAACCGAGAAUGAAUGUAAGCAAGGAAAAACGUGUUUUCUCCCGGACUGUUAUUGUUUUAGUAACACGACAGUUCCAGGGAACUUACCGCGAGUUAAAAUGCCUCAGCUGGUUGUCUUUGCAUUCAGUGGAGCUGUCAAUAUCGAUGUCUACGGAUAUUUUCGUCAUUUCUUCAACGCAGAACGAACCAACGCGAACGGCUGUCCAAUAAGUGCCACACUUUUCGUACAAAGCCGUUACUCUAACUUCACGAUGGUGAACGAUCUUUACCGAAGGGGUUUCGAGAUAGCUGGAUACAGCGUUUCUGGUAACCCGAUGUAUAUAUAUUGGAAAAAUGCAACAGCGAAAGAAAUGGAAUAUGAAAUUAUUGAGAACAGAAAAGGGCUUUCUAGAAAAGCUUCGAUACCUAUAUCUGAAAUUCGUGGAUGGAGAACGCCGCAUUUACUUCCGGUCGGAAAUGCGCAGUUCGGAAUCCUUCAAGAACAGGGAUUCGAAUACGAUUCGAGUCUGUAUUUCAUUCGAAGAAAACCAGUCGAUCCGUUUAUCACUCCGGGGACACUGGACUAUGAAUGGCCGUUUGUUUGCGAACGGAACCGCUGUCCUGACAGGAACUACACCCUGUGGGAGGUGCCCGCCGUGUCCUACCUCGAUUACAAGCAGCAGUAUCCGUGCAUCCACGUUGACGGGUGCAUCAACCUUCCACAGAACGAAAACCAAGCGUUCCAGCUCAUCUGGAACAACUUCUACGACUAUUACCGAGACCGGAAACUGCCGUUCGUCGUGAACAUGAAGGCGAUCUGGCUGAACACCGACUUCCACUUCCGGGCAAUGGAGAGAUUCAUUUACUCCCUGCUGCACCUGGACGACGUAUACGUUGUGACGAUGCACCAACUCGUGCAGUGGAUGCGGCGCCCGCUAGAUGUUGAACAGAUGAUGUACGCCGACUGUCCACGAGUCGUGUCGUCUGCUGCGGUCACAGUUCAUGUGUCGGCCAUGUUGGUUUUGGGGAUUUGUAUGAUUUUUGGGAUACAGUUUUUUUUUCUGGCGGCCUUAGGGCAGCGUUCGACAAAUGCUUGAGAAAGUCACUAGCCCUCGCAGAAGCUUUGGCUAGUGCCCUAUGUACUAUAGUAAAACAGUUCAAAAUUUCCACUAGCCUAGACCACAAAAUCACCAGCUGUGACCGAGGGCUAGUGGAUUAGUCGAACCCUGCUUAAUGUAGGUCAAAUCAGUUUUUAAAUGUACGUAAACUGAUUUGGGUUUUACAUACCUUCCUAAGUGACUGCUUAACACAAGUUUGUACGUGUGUGUAUAACAAUAAUAUGUUUAGAAUGAUUCAACUGUCAAGUAUUCUUUAAAGAGACCUUGUCUUAUAAAAUAUACAACUGGCACAACAGAAACAUUUCCUCUGUAUAUAAAUGACAAAUAUAUGUUUGUAUUAACUUUACUACUAAAGUUACUUGCUCAUUAUUUCAUCUGUCGUAGAUACAUACUUGGUGGCCCUUCCUGUCCUAGGACUGCCUCCUGAUGAGUCAGAAUCCAGACCUGGGAUAGGCGUGCCUGAACCUAUUUUUGGAUAUGGGCACGUAAAUAGAGUACCCAUUCCCAUACUUAGGUGGUCUUAAUUUAUAGGAAUAUUGUAUGUUCGUAUAUUAUUUAUUAUUUAACACAGUGAACUAGUAAAAGCAAUAACAAAACAAUUAAAAUCGUUCUUUAACCUAAUUUAGAUAUAUCAGGCACUCGCACUUAAUAUAUACAUAUUUGUGUGUGUGCGUGCGUGCUUGCGAGCGUGUGAAAAUAUAUUAUUUAUAAAUAAAGCACACGGUAUGACCGGUGGUGUACCGGAAAACAAACAUUUGUCUGCCUGAUAUAGUUCAGUUUACAGUAUAUUUAUUGAAAAUGUCAGACUCUUAAUUCGGAUGACUGCUUUAUAAAAUUGGCGGGAUUGGUGUGGCUGACUGUACGUACGUUUAAUGAAUUAGGCCUAAAAACAUUCUGUAUUUCACGGAAAUUGCCGAACAAAAUAGGGUAGGUUGGCUUUAAAACUACAUUCAUUUGUACAAUGAAGUGGCGACAGCAGGUCUCCUCUCUUAAUAUCUGUGUGGUCCUAACCAUAUGUCUGAUGCCAUAUGACCGUAAAUAAAAUGUGUGGAGUGCGUCGUUAAAUAAAACAUUUCUUUCUCUUUUUUGUUUUUCAUUCGUACAGGGCCUGAUAAAAUGUUAUGUAUGUCCUCUAGGGUCGGCCUUCUUUUCUAGGUAGAGUUGGGUUCGAGGAAACACAACUUUGUUUUUAGGUCUUGGUGUAUCACUAACUCUCGUAAACCUUUGCUUAAGCCAUAUUAUUAUAAUAAACCAAGUAUGUUGAAAUUUAAACAACUAAUGACGAAUAACAAAAAAAACGUUCUUAAGAAAUUAUAUAAAUUAAUAAAAGAAAUGAUUGAUAAAUGCAGUAAACCCAAAAAGAACACUGGCAUAUAUUAUAUUAUAUUACAUUACAUUACAUUACAUUACAUUACAUUAUAAGUAUGUGUGUGCGUGCGCGCGUCUGAUUAGCACAUUUGGUAGUAAUU